CCGCUUCUUCCCCCCAUUCGAAAAUUCAUCUUCCCCUUCUCUCUCACACAGUCACACACUAUCUCUCUUCCUUUUUCAAUUUCUCCCUCUUCCCCAAACGUUCCAUACUGAUAUAGUUAAGCCGGGCGUUGGUUGAAAGUUUGUCCUUCUCUGGAAGGAGCAAACAAGACGGGAGUGUCUGAGGGCAGAAAUCUAUCUGCUUUAUCGUCCUGCUUUGUGCUUCGAGAGAUUCGUCCGAUAACAUAAUCAGACUAGGGUUUUGAAUUUGAGGAUAUAUGGCCAUGGAGAUUACCCAAUUUCUUUUGGCUGCUCAAUCAGCCGAUGGAAAUAUCAGAAGUGAAGCAGAGAGGAGUCUUAAUCAAUUCUGCGAACAGAAUUUACCAGCUUAUCUAUUGUCACUGUCAAUUCAGAUCUCAGAUGGCAGUAAACCAGUUGAUACCCGGAGGCUUGCUGGUAUCAUGCUGAAGAAUUCUUUGGAUGCCAAAGAUGCUGCUCGGAAGGAUGUUCUUACACAACAGUGGGUGGCAAUUGAUCCCACAACAAAAUCCCAGGUGAAAACCUUGCUAGUGAACACUCUGGCGUCGUCUGAACGGGAAGCAAGUCAUGCUGCUGCCCAAGUAAUUGCCAAGAUUGCAUCCAUAGAGAUUCCUCGGAAGGAAUGGCCUGAGCUGAUUGGUCAGCUACUUGCUAACAUGACCCAGCAAGAUAGGCCUGCAUCCCUCAAACAGGCAACUUUGGAGACCCUGGGCUUUGUAUGUGAGGAGAUAUCUGAUCGUGAUUUGGUCCAAGAUGAAGUUAACUCAGUACUCACAGCAGUUGUCCAGGGCAUGAAUGUGACGGAGCAAAAUCCUGCUGUCAGACUUGCUGCAGUUAGGGCUUUAUAUAAUGCUCUUGAUUUUGCACAAACUAACUUUGAGAAUCAAAUGGAACGGGAUUACAUCAUGAAGGUAAUCUGUGAGGCAGCUAUUGCACAAGAUUCUGAUAUUAGACAGGCCGCCUUUGAGUGUCUUGUAUCCAUUGCAUCAAUGUACUAUGAGGUCCUUGAGCCAUACAUGCAGACCAUAUUUGAACUUACAGCAAAUGCAGUCAAAGGAGAUGAAGAGGCUGUUGCUCUUCAAGCUGUUGAGUUCUGGAGUAGCAUCUGUGAUGAAGAGAUGGAGCUUCAAGAGUAUGAAGAUGCAGGAGACUCGAGCACAUCAUGCUCACAUUUCAUCGAAAAGGCUCUACCGACUCUGGUUCCUAUGUUGCUUGAAACAUUACUGAAGCAGGAUGAGGAUCAAGAUCAGGACGAUGGGAUCUGGAAUCUUGCCAUGGCUGGUGGAACAUGUCUUGGUUUGGUUGCUAGGACGGUAGGGGACGCUGUUGUACCUCUUGUUAUGCCUUUUGUUGAAGCCAACAUUGUGAAACCAGAAUGGCGAUUCCGCGAGGCAGCAACAUAUGCCUUUGGCUCAAUUCUUGAAGGGCCGAGCAUUGAGAAACUCUCUCCUAUGGUGAACUCUGGCUUGCAUUUCCUGCUUAAUGCCAUGAAGGAUGAGAAUAGCCAUGUAAAGGAUACGACAGCAUGGACUCUUAGCCGUAUCUUUGAGUUGUUGCACUCACCAGCCACUGGAUUUAGUGUAAUUUCACCUUCUAAUCUCCAGCAGAUUGUGGGGGUUUUGUUAGAAAGCAUAAAGGAUGCUCCACAUGUAGCUGAGAAGGUUUGUGGGGCCAUCUAUUUUCUUGCCCAGGGAUAUGAAGAUUCUGGAGCUAGCUCUUCUUUGCUUACUCCCUGUCUCCCAGAUAUUAUUGGUUGUCUUAUUGCAACGGCUGAUCGAACAGAUGGCAGUGACUCCAAGCUCAGGACCUCUGCUUAUGAAACCUUGAAUGAGGUUGUUAGGAGCUCUAACCUUGCAGAGACAUCUUCGAUUAUAGCGCAACUUCUCCCCGUUAUCAUGACUAAGUUGGGGCAAACAUUAGAACUUCAGAUUGUAACGCCGGAAGACAGGGAAAAACAAGGGGACCUGCAAGCUUCUCUUUGUGGUGUUAUUCAGGUUAUCAUUCAGAAACUAAACAGUGAUGACGGAACCAAACAAAUCAUUCUUCAGGUGGCUGACCAGAUCAUGAUGCUGUUUCUAAAGGUUUUUGCCUGCCGUAGCUCCACAGUGCACGAAGAAGCUAUGCUUGCCAUAGGUUCACUUGCUUAUGCAACGGGCCCUGAAUUUGGGAAAUAUAUGCCUGAGUUUUACAAAUAUUUGGAGAUGGGCCUGCAGAAUUUUGAGGAAUACCAAGUCUGUGCUAUCUCAGUAGGUGUUGUUGGUGAUAUAUCUCGUGCUUUGGAAGACAAGAUCUUGCCAUACUGUGAUGGAAUCAUGACUCAUCUUCUUAAGGAUCUUUCCAGUAGCGAAUUACAUCGGUCUGUAAAGCCCCCAAUAUUUAGUUGUUUUGGAGACAUCGCCCUCGCAAUAGGGGAGCACUUUGAAAAGUAUAUAAAUUAUGCUCUGCAAAUGAUGCAAAGUGCUUCGGAAGUAUGUGCCCAAAUCGAUACCACUGACGAGGAAAUGAUGGAUUAUGGUAAUCAGUUACGACGCAGCAUUUUUGAAGCUUAUUCUGGAAUCCUCCAAGGUUUUAAGACUUCCAAGGCAGAUUUGUUGUUACCUCAUGCGCCUCAUCUCCUGCAGUUCAUUGAACUCGUUGCUAAAGACCAGAACAGGGACGACAGUGUAACAAAAGCUGCUGUAGCAGUUCUGGGAGAUAUAGCAGAUGCACUUGGUUCAAACAUCAAGGUGUUGUAUAAGGAUCGUGCAACCUGUAUGGAGUUGUUACAUGAAUGUCUGCAGUCCGAAGAUGAACAGAUAAAAGAGACUGCUGUCUGGACCCAAGGAAUGAUUGGACGUGUCUGCGGCUGAGGUUAAAAGUGGUUUGCUUGGCGGAAGUUGUGAACAUUUUCAUGCUAUCCGACAUAGGAAAGGAGUUCUACUUUAUAUGUUAAGGUCGGUUUUCAGGUUUUCUUUUUUUUUUUUUGGGGGGAUGUGGCAUUAAAGCUGAGGGUUUUGUCAUUGUAUUGCAAGGUGGAUUGGUGAGAUCAUUCAAAUCCUUCUCAUUGAUCUGCGAUCUAUUGGUAAAGGGACCCCGUUACAAUGCAGUAUAAAGGUCACUUGUCCGUGUCCUAUUUUUGUGAACUUUUUAAGUAGCACUAUAAUGCAGUGGUCUUAAUUUUAAGUUCCUGUGCCAUAUUUAAAUUGGCCCUAUUGUUUUUCCAUUUUGUGGAGAUGGAUUUGGCAGAAUUGCGGUCUGACAGGUAUGGCAUUACGAUUGAGAAUACUUCUCUUGAUCUCCAGUUAAGACCUAAGAGCGGAAGGAAUUGAAUUAAAUUUGACACGAUACUCACCAGUUUUCCGCCUUUGAAUGCAGUCGUUUGAUUUGGAUUUGGAUUGGUGGCUACUUGGCCCAGUCCAGGAUCUGUAAAAAAUGAAAGAAAGUGGUGAAGCACAUUAUUUUAGUCUUUCUUUGUGUGUCCUUUUACGUUCGAGUGGUGUUGGGAAUUGUUCGUCUCUGGCAAAAAAACAACAACAUACUAGGAACUGUUUUUGUUUGUAAAUUUCUGGCAACCCCAAAAAAGCAAAUAUUCCGCCUUUUCCUGUCGUUCUUAGUUGGAACUUGAAAGUUGGUUCAUUGUUAAAGAUUUAUCGGUCGUGCGUAUAUGGAAACGGCAAACUAGACCGUGUCUUAGAGCGGUUUGAUGACUUUGAUAUAUGUAAAAACCAUGGGAGGGGAGGUAUGGUUUGGGCAUGGGAUGAAAGAUACUCAUUUUGAAAGAUCUGUGUGUAUUUUAAUGCUCAGGAUACUCUUUGGUCUUUAUUGUGUUUGUCGUCCAUUUCUUGCUCCUGGGUUGUUGUUUGCUUCCUUCAAUUUUGGGAAUCGGUAAGUAGUGUUACCACCAAAAUUGGCCUUGUCGUAUCCAAAGCUCGAAUUCACACUUUUAUUUAAUGAAUUUUAA